AUGCCUAAGCUGGACAGAGCUGGCAGGGAUCAUGACCAUGGCUUUUUUAUUUCUGGGAAGGGGGAUGGCUGGGCUCUGGAGCGGACCUUCAAUUUUAAAAUAGAGCGAAAAACCAAAGGUCCCCUAAGCCGGCCCUUUCCCUGUUCCGUGACUCGGUUUCUCCAUGUGUACACACUGGGGCCAGGCCCUCGAUGGCUAAGUCCCCUUGGGCUCGGAAGGCGGAGCGGGAGCCCCUGGCGGACACCGCCCACCCGGGGUUUCGAGGACAGCGGAGGGGCUGCCGGGUCCACCCCUAGCUGCCCGAGGCUGGACUCAGCUGGUCGCUCAUGUCAGCCCUUCGCGCGACACCUGCUCCUUCCGGGGCGUCGCUGGGCCUCCGGGACCGCCUCCUUGCUCCACAGGACUGGCAGCCUCCGCCGAUCGCGAGGGGGAGCCCGCUCCCCUCCCACCCCGGGGUUCGCUCCUAGCUGGGAGAUCCCGGCGGCUGCGGCGGCGGCGGCGCCUCCUGGAGCUAGCCGGCAGCCGCCGCCGCCGUCGCCAUGGACACGGGGGCGGUCCCCAUUGGAGCGGCGUUCUGGGGGCGGGGCCUUCCCGGGAACCACACCCACUUGGGCGCCCGCCGAGGCCAUCUUGCUCCCCCGCGCUGAAGGCCUGUCGCCAGCGCUGGCGGGGGAGGUGCGGGCCGCCUGCGGCCUCGGGGGGGGCCCGGCCUCCGCGGCCGCCGACGGGGCUCAUCGGCUGGGACGUGGAGUCCUUCCGCUUUCGCGCCGAUUCACGCGCGCCUCACCCCAGGCUAUCUCGAUCCCGCGGGCCGAGCCCGGAGCUUGGUUUAACUCUGUGCUCGGGAAAAGUACCUGCUGGCCUUCCCUGAGCUUUAGUAAGCGUGUGUCGCGCCGUCCCCGCCCUCCGGAGGGGCGGCCGUGCUUAGUGCCCACCCUGGCGGGCUUAGCCAGCUCCGCCGAGUGACAGAACGGCCUCCUCCUCGUAGCGCUCCUUCACUGCUCUUCCUGGCGUCCUCACGCUGACUUCUGCUCGCCACCCCCACCGGACCCCGUCCAACUUGUCACUGUCAUCAAAAAGCAAGCAGAGUUGGCAGGCCUGGGCUGGACCAUCCCUUCCUAUCUAUGGUGUGCACAAAGCCCAGGGCGGAGUACAAAGUGGCCCCUAAGUGCUCCACACUUAAGCGGAGAAAAAGCUUCUAAGUCCCUUCCCUCACAAUUCAUGAACUCCAUAAAACAGCUGAGAAGUACCGCCAUAAAGAAACCUAUUUGACUUUCUCCCCCCUUCUCAAGGAAAAACUUGGUUUGGCCUGAGAAGGCAUUCCUCUGAACAGCCGUCCGGGGGAAACUCCUGGUAUUUGGGCGCAUCACCUGGGAUACAAAAUCCACUCUGUGCUAACGGUCAUCUGUACUUCCUUCAAACUGGGCAAGCAAAGCAAGGUGGCGCUCUUGGAGUUUGCACAGGCAAAGACUUGCAGAAAGAAGCGUAAGCUAAAAUUACGGCAAGGUGCUAAAAAGAGGAAGCCGACCCAAAUUCUAUAGGAAUUCAAAUGUUAAACAUGUAAUAUUUCAAUUUAAAUGUUAAACGGUUCUUUCACAAAA